AUGCUUGAGGUAGUCGUGGCAGAGACCGAGGAGGACGACGAGGAGGAGGACGAGGAGGAGGUGGAAGAGGAGGAGGUGGAGGAGGAGGAGGUGGAGGAGGAGGAGGAGGAGGUGGAGGAGGAGCUUGUGCUCGUGGUCUCGGUGGUGGAAGUUUGCGUGGAGGAAGUGGUCGAGGAAGUGUCGCUUACGGAGGUCGUGCUCGUAGAGGUGGAAGAGCUGGUACGGCUGGAGCUGCUGGUACUGGAACUGGAACUUGUCCAAGAGCUGGAGGUACUGACCGUUGAGCUGGAGCUCGUGAUGGUACUGGUCGAUGAAGUGGAAGUUGUUGUCGUAACGGUGCUCGAGGUGGUGACAGUGGAGCUCAAGCUUGUACUCGUCGAUGAACGCGAAGUUGUCGUUGUCGUCGUAGAGCUGGAGGUCGUGACACUGGCAGUGGUGGAGCUGGAGGUCGUGUCCGUCGAACUGGACGACGAAAUAGUGCUGCUGGUUCUCGUUUCCGUGGUGCUUGUAGUCUCUGUGGCGGACGUGGUGCUGCUUGUUUCAGAGGUGCUUGUGGUUUCUGUGGCCGAAGUUGUGCUACUUGUUUCCGUGGUGCUUGUGGUCGCCGUGGUAGAAGUGGUGCUACUUGUCUCCGAACAAGUUGUGCUGCUGGAGGUGGAACUCAGCGUGGUGCUUAUUGUCGUGCUGCUUGUCUCGGUUGUCUGCGUGAUCGUUGAAGUGGUCUCCGUCGUCAGGGUCGCCGUGGAUGUGCUCGUGGCCGUGGUGACCGUGGCCGUGCUGGUCGUGGCCGUGCUGCUCGUGUCCGUGGUGGUCGUCGUCAGCAAGUUGCAGACGACCUGCGUCCCGAAGUUGCACCCGAAGAAAAAGACGUUGGAGUUCCACCACAUGGUUGAGGCAGUAGUUUUGGUCCAGCACUUCGUAGGCGUGCCGCUCGCUCCCGAUGAGACCCCGCCAUAUGUAUAUCCAAGCGUUGCAGCUGCCGCACUGCAAUCGCUUUCGGAGGCCAGAGCCUCGUGCGUACCUCCGCAGAAACAGCCAUUGAUGAUGUCUUGA